UCUUAAAAACAUACAUCUUUUUCAAUUAAUUAACAACCCCGCUCAACCAAUUCGAAAAUUAAAUCCCUCACUCCCCAUUUCCUUUUCCUUUUUUUCUAUUUUCUCAUUAAAAUUAUAUUAAUCAAAUAAAUAAGUAUCCACUUUCCUACUUCUCUUCUUCAGCCGUGUAAUUCCAGCAACAUGGACGGCCGCCUUAACAAGAUCGCCACCCCACUCAUCCUAUUCAUCCUCCUCUUCCUUCUCAUUUUCUUAUUCCUCCUCGCUCAAAUUCUAUACAUUCUCUAUCGCCGCCGGCGUCUUCAACGCCUCCGCCCCGGUGAACCCAACCAAAAGUCUUUCUUCCUUUUUUGGAGGAACCAAUCGCGGAUCCAACCUAAAGAAAUCCCUUCCAUUUCCAAAAUUGAUGCUGAUUCGGAAGGGGCGGUGGUGGAGACGGCGGGAGACGAGUUGGAGAAGUGGCAAGAACUGUGCGGACCAUCAAGAACGCUUUUCACUAUCAAGGAAGAAGAAGAGAGAGAAGGAAUAAUGGAAUGUUUCGAGUAUAAUAAUCCUUUUCAUAAACUCAAAACGGAUGAAGUUGAAGAUACGACCCCCUUUCAUACUCCCUCUGCUUCUCCUCCCUACUUCACCCCCUCCUCGUCCCCUACUCGUGACUUUCCCACACAUAAAGGUUGUUCCGAGGACAAUAUGAGGACGCCGUUUUCGGGUAUUCAAAUUACCACUCACUGAUGGACGACAUGUCGGUUCAUGGAGCAGAACUUGCAUAUGACACGCCACGUCAGCUUCGUUCCGUUUUAAAUAAGGAUAAAAAGUAGUCCCCAGGUGGACCGUAUUUUCAGAUUUUGCAAUUUUAUCUUUUUACUUUUUGCUUUCUCCGGUAUCUGUGCUCAUCUAGUGCGGGGAGGUGUAGCUGACCGUUGCUUUUUCCUCUCCUACCGUGGCGGUUUUCAACCAAUAUAUCUGUUCCUGGACCCUGUUAAUGUUUCGGCCCAAACAUUGGCCCAUAUAUGAAGAUUUCCGUGGGAACGUUUCUUGAAUAUUCUACAAUAUAAGGUUCUUUAUAUUUAAUCAUUUUAACUCCCAUUUAUUUUUUUCUUUUCUUUUCUUUUCUUUUUUUUUAAGAAAUACCACUUUUAUGUUACACAAUGAUUCACCCUAAUGUCCAAUUGCUCUCGUUUAUUUGUACAUAAAUAUAAAUAUAAAUAUUUUAAUUUCAUAA